AUGUCACGAUUAGAUUAUUUAUCAAAAUAUACUCAACCACCAAAAAAGAAAAAGAAGAAAAUCACUUCAUCAAAUAAACAAUCAAAUACAUCUAAUGUAGUUAUUGAAACUCCUAAACUCGAACUACCUCAAUCAUUACUUACAGAAGAGGAAGAAGAAGAAAAAGAAUUAGAAAUAGAUACUCCAGUUGUUAAAAUUAAAGAAAAUAAAGGAUUUAAAAGAAUAGAUGAUGGAACAAUAAUAAAACAAAAUGAAAAUAAACAACAAGAUAAUAAUACUAUAUUUCGUGAUAAAUUUGGUAAAGUGAUUGAUAUACAAGAAUAUAAAAAAGAACAAGAAGAGAAAAACAAGGUUAAAGAAGAAGAAAAUAAAGUUGUUGAAAUUCGAUCAACAAAUGAUCAAAUUCAAUUUCAAGAAUCACAAAAAUUCAAAAAUAAUUUAGAUAAAAAUUAUGAAGAUCCAUUAAAUACCUUCAAGAAUGAAAAUAAACAACAAUCUAAUACGAAUAAAGAUUGGUUAAUAUAUAAUGAAGGAAUAAUACCAAUAAAUAGAUUUAACAUACCAAGUGGUAUAUUAUGGGAUGGUAUAAUAAGAAGUAAUGGAUUUGAACAACUAUAUAUAAGACAAUUGAAUGAGAGUAUAAGUAUAAAACAAAGUAUGAAACAAGAUGAUUAUGAAUAUGAUGAUUAUUGA